GCUUCCCGUUGAAGAAAAAAAACGAUGUAUGCUACGUCGUGGUAGCUAGGAUCCUACGUGGCUAACGUUCGAUGAUUGUAGUUUGGAAUUGCUGGAUUUGCUUGCUAAAAUCUCCAAGUGACCUUCACAAACUGCAUAUCCUCUUCUAUCUGGCUUGUCUAAUCCCCAUGCUAUUUUUCCUCUUUCUGCCUUCACCCCCAGAGAUAGGCAUUGCGUGAUGGAUGUAUCCGAUUCGACACUGUGAAGCGGCCGUUUGGUUCGGAGCGUCAUCAUCAGUUCGAAACUCGAACACCUGACCAGUCAGCCAGUCGUUCUCGAACAUCUUAGCAGUUUCCAACAACGGUUCUUCCUAGGAGGUGGCGAACUUUCUUGCUUCCCGCCUCUCCACUUCUCACUCGCUCAUUUUCACUCAUUCAACUGACUGGCCAGGUGUACAUACAUAGUAUGGCAUAGACAUGGCAUGUGCGUAUGUACGAUAUGUAAUGUGCAUACAUACUGUAGGUAGGCAGGUUAAGUACCUAGUCUUCCGCCCGUCUGGCUAGAGAUCCGAUAGGUCGGGCCGUCCGGGCAUCAGUUCAAGCAAGCAACAAAUUGUAUUUUUUCCAUUUUUAAUUCCCUUUUUUUAUUCUCCCAUUUUUUCACCGCUGAUUCCAGACACCCCCAUCACCAUUCCUCUUACUACUACUAUUGCCACCGUUGCCCGUCGUUGUCCUGUCGACGGUGGUGAUGUGCGGUAGCGCUCUGUUGAGCGCUUCCUCUUCCUCUUCGGUGGGCUUCAACCCGUACCGUGUCUCGACGCGAUCGCUCAGCUGCAGCCCAAUGAAGCCCCAAGCUAGCAUGCCUAGGCCGACGCCUAAGCGGGCACGCGGCGACAGAUUGCGGAAGGAUUGUAACAACGACAUGCCCGUUCACCCGUAUGUGUGCGGUGUGUCGUACUCCUUCCUAUUCCUCUUCACCGACCCGAUAGUAGCGAUUUAUCGUGUACGAGAGCGAAGGGAAAUCAAUGAGCAAAGCCUCCAAGAACGAAUCGAUAACGUAAGCUGGCGUUGUUGUAUGAUUUGGCGGCGCAAGGCGGUGAGACUUUUUUUUUUCUCUUUAAUUUCCUCUCAUUUAUUUCCCCCCCUGCUUUCUUUUUUUUUUCUUCUGUAUUGUACUGUAUAACACGUACGAUAAAAUGCCAAAUAGGCUAUUCUUGGAUCUCACAGAUUAUGCGGCGCCUGUAUGAAACUUGCUUUGCUAGGCAUGCGGUCAUUUUGUGAUCAUGCGACUGAGUUGGUUUUUUUUCAUCGUGGCUUGUUUUUUUUUUUUCCUUCGGGAUUUGAGAAUUUCAAGGUUGUUUGAGGUUGAACAAAAAGACGCCGCUGAUUCGUAAGCUGCAUUAGAAACUAUACCGUAUAGGUUA